AUGUCAGGGAAACGGAAGCGUGUGGUGUUGACCAUUAAAGAUAAGCUUGAUAUAAUAAAGAAACUUGAAGAUGGAGGUUCUUCCAAACAACUGGCAGUGAUUUAUGGAAUUGGCGAAACGACAGUUCGAGAUAUAAGAAAAAAUAAGGAAAAGAUCAUAACUUACGCAAGCAGUUCAGACUCCACAAGUCUUCUGGCUAAGAGGAAAUCUAUGAAACCAUCCAUGUAUGAGGAACUGGACAAAGCAAUGCUAGAAUGGUUCAACCAGCAAAGAGCAAAAGGGAAUCCCGUGUCUGGACCAAUUUGUGCAAAAAGGGCAGAGUUCUUCUUUUAUGCUUUGGGAAUGGAUGGUGAUUUUAACCCCUCUGCCGGUUGGUUAACUCGUUUUAAGCAGCGGCACAGCAUUAGAGAGAUCAAUAUUAGAAACGAAAGAUUAAGUGGAGAUGAGACUGCUGUGGAGGAUUUUUGCAGCAACUUUCGAGACUAUAUUGAACGAGAGAAUUUGCAGCCCGAGCAAAUCUACAAUGCAGAUGAAACUGGACUGUUUUGGAAAUGCCUGCCUUCCAGGACUUCGGUAAUCAAAAGUAAAUGCACAGUCCCUGGGCACAAGUCAAUGGAAGAAAGAGUCACUAUCAUGUGUUGUGCCAAUGCAACAGGUUUACACAAACUUAAGCUUUGUAUUGUGGGGAAAGCAAAGAAACCUCGUUCCUUCAAGUCAACUGACACCUCAAACCUGCCAGUCUCUUAUUUCAGCCAAAAAGGCGCAUGGAUGGAUCUUUCCAUUUUCCGACAGUGGUUUGAUAAGAUCUUUGUGCCCCAAGUAAGAGAGCACUUAAGAUCCAAAGGGUUGCAAGAAAAGGCUGUACUCUUGUUGGAUAAUUCACCAACACAUCCAAAUGAAAACGUCCUGAGGUCAGAUGAUGGCCAAAUAUUUGCUAAAUAUUUACCACCUAAUGUGGCUUCGUUGAUUCAGCCCUUGAAUCAGGGAGUAAUAGCUACAAUGAAGAGAAACUACAGAGCACGUCUUCUCCAAAACAACUUGGAAGAAGGCAAUGACCUGAGAUCAUUCUGGAAGAAGCUAACUCUACUAGAUGCACUUUAUGAAAUAGCAAUGGCAUGGAAUUUAGUAAAGCCAGUUACCAUCAGCAGAGCAUGGAAGAAGAUUCUCCCUACUAUAGAGGAGAAAGAAGGCCUGGACUUUGAUGAAGAAGAUACCUCAGUGGCUGCCAUCGCUACCAUUUUACAACACACCAAAGGAUUGGAAAAUGUGCCUGCUGAGAACAUUGAAAAAUGGCUUGAAGUGGACAGUACUGAACCAGGCUAUGAAGUCUUAACUGACAGCGAAAUCAUCAAAAGAGCACAAGGUCACACAGAUGAAUCCAGUGAAAAUGAAGAGGAGGAAAUAGAACUGAUUCCAGAGAAACAUAUUAAUCAUGCAGCUGCUCUCCAAUGGACUGAAAAUUUAUUGGAUUAUCUAGAACAACAAGGUGAUAUGAUUCUGCCUGAUAGACUGGUGAUACGUAAACUUCGAGCCACCAUCAGAAAUAAACAAAAGAUGGCAAACUCAAGUCAGUAA